AUGACAAAAAAAGAGGAGUCUGGUAGAUACAAAGUCUUGGGUAGAGCCGAAGAGACUGCCCAAUUGGAUGAGGGAAGUGAGGGCUACUUCGAGGAGGAUGGGGAGGAGGAGGUCGAGGACAGGAGGCAAGAGGGUUGCCAUAGCGAGGGUAUCAGCUUUUACAAUGACACGGACGAGGUCGACGUGGAGAAUGAAGAUGCUGACGAUGACGACGACAUGGAUGAUGAGGACAAAGAUGACGAGUACGAUCAAUCGUCAGAUCCAGAAUUGAGCACUGCCAUCGCUUCCAGAAGCAUCAUUCUCCCUAUCUCCAUGCGGAGAGAGGACGCUGGGUCACAAAAUUCAGUUGAGGAGAUGGAUUCUUUUACAACAUCAUCGGCAAUGAAACAGGGUCGCCUGCAUUCAGUACCGAUUAAGUCUGAGGAGCGAGAUAAAUUAAUAGCUUCGCGAUGCCUGAAACUAAUGGCCAGUGGCACAUCGUUCCAGCUCCUUUCGACUCUUGUAAGUUUACCAAAAGUAUUGUUGUCGUGA